AAUUUAACCCUCUUUCGACGCGGAUCUUGCGCCUUUCUAUCUCAAAUCAUCUUUCUCGUUGAUCUCUUUGACAACAACACCGAGAUAGAGCCAAUCACAAAUCCUUCCUCCUGAUUUUGGCGGCGUUGAGGAGAGACAUCACAAUGUCAAGCGUAGAGGAUGCGAAAGAGCAAGGGAACCUCACCAGUGACGCAGAAAAGUCAAUGCCAUCAUCACAGCAAGAGGAGGCUGCUGUAAAGAGCAAGUAUGGAGGUCUCAUGCCAAAGAAACCACCUCUCAUUUCCAAGGAUCAUGAACGAGCAUACUUUGACUCAGCUGAUUGGGCUCUAGGAAAGCAAGGUGUUGCUAAGCCAAAGGGACCCUUAGAAGCUCUUCGUCCCAAGUUACAGCCAACGCAGCAGCAGACGCGUUACAGGAAGUCUCCAUGUGCUCCAUCCGGUGAAGAUGGAGGAGCUGCUCAGGGCGAAUGAGUUUCUGACUACGAGGAGUAGAGACCAGAGAGAGAGAGAGGGAGAGAUAUGGGAGCUCUUUAUGUAAUAACUUUGUUAUAAUCGGUUAUUGUCUGUUCAUUUGAAACAACAGAUAUGUUUUUCAAUAAAUCUUAACUCUGAUCGCAUAACGACGUUAUAGUUUUAGCCUUUCUGUAUGGAAUCUCCGAUUAUAUCUU